AUGAACACAUUAUCGCCACCAGAUGAAGUACGAGGUAUGACAGUUUUUAAAAUUGAUAAAUUCACAAAACCUGUAACUGUACCUGUUAUAGUAAUAAAUAAAAAUUAUGUUGAAAGUGCUAAUAAAGUGUUAAAAAACUAUAUUAUUAAACUAAACAAUUUCAAGUCAAUUCGUAGUGGCUCUAAUGACUCUGAAUGUGUUUUUUAUCUUGAUCCAGCCAAAUUUUCUUCGUGUGAAGAUCUUAACUUAUCAUUUGUUUCUGCUGAAAAUUUGAAAUAUGUUCAGAUUGAGGUKGGUUAUAAUAAUUGGAACCACGAUGAAAUACUUAAAGCAGUUCUCCCCGAAAAAUCUAUGUUAUCAAGUUAUUCAGCAAUUGGAUCAAUUAUACAUGUAAAUCUCAAACCAGAAUUAUUGGAUUAUAAGGAUAUUAUUGGACGAGUACUUAAUGACAAACUUAAGGGGUGCAAAAUUAAAGAAAAUAAAUGCUUAUUUGAUCUAGAUUUUUCAGAAGUUUAUUGGAAUCCAAGAUUAUGCACCGAACAUGAACGUAUUUUACAAAAACUUAAAUCAGGUGAUGUUUUGUAUGAUGUGUUUGCUGGAAUAGGACCAUUUUCUGUACCAGCUGCGAAAUUGGGGUGUAUUGUAAUAGCUAAUGAUUUGAAUCCUAAUAGCUGUAAAUGGUUAGAAAUAAAUAAAACAAAGAAUCGCAUUAAAGAUGAACUUUUAACAAUUAUCAAUAAAGAUGGAAGUAAAUUUAUUCAAGAAGAUUUAAGGGCACAUUACAUUUUGUGGUCAAAGAAAAUCACUUCAGAAAAUAAUGUACAUGUGACAAUGAAUUUGCCAGCAAUUGCUGUUGACUUUGUUAAGUAUUUUAAUAAUUUAUUUGAAUGGGAAGAAAUAUCUGAUCAUUCUCUACCAAUUUUACAUGUUUAUACUUUUGUAAAAACUGAUAAAAGUUACGAAGAAGGUUUAAAAUCAAUAAUAGAAGAAUACUUUAGUAAUAUCAAGAAUGACGACAUUCAAGAAAUUAUAAGAGUCAGAAAUGUAGCGCCUAAUAAGGAAAUGGUUCGAAUUACAUUUCAAAUGAAGAAAGACAUAUUGUGUAAAUCUGAAAAACUAAAAAUUGUUGAAGAAUGA